GUGAUAAACCAAGUCAGAUGAUUGAACAAUAUAUUUAUUAUACUCUACAUUAUAGGUAUUGCUUCGGGAGUAGUGCAGCCAAUUCCAGCGACUAUAUUCCAAGCAGACGAACUGGAGUCAGCCUUUCGACACCUUUCCUCUGGAAAACAUAUUGGUAAAGUGGUAAUUGAAAUUAAAAAGGAACAUCUUGGAGCAAAUUCGACCAUACUGUCAGUACCAAAGAUAUAUUUCGAUCCUGAAAAGGUCUACAUUAUCAUUGGAGGAUUGGGAGGAAUGGGGCUAGAAUUAGCUCAUUGGAUUUUCUCCAGAGGAGCCAGAAAAGUUAUUUUGAAUGCAAGAAGACCACCUUGGAGAGAUUAUCAGUUUUAUAGUUUGAAUAUUUGGACCAAACUGAAAUAUUUGGUAGUGGUGGAUUUAAACAAUACAAUUACGUUGACUGGUUCCGAAAACUUAUUGAAGGAAGCACAAAAAUUGGGACCGAUUGGGGGUUACUUCAACUGUGCAUUAGUUCUCAAGAAUGCUCCAAUCACAUCUCAAUCACAAGGAUUGUUCAAAGAAGUGUUGCAGCCGAAACUAAACGCAUGUGAAAAUAUGGAUGCAUUAACUAGAAAGUAUUGUGUCAAAUUAGACCAUUUUGUGGUAUUCUCCUCAAUUAUUGCAAAUAUAGGGGUUGUUGGUCAAAGUAAUUACGGUAUGGCGAAUUCAGCUCUGGAAAGACUUUGCGAAAAAAGGAGAAGGGACAAUUUACCUGGCUUAGCAAUUCAAUGGGGACCUAUAGCAGACGUAGGGGUUCUCACCAGUGAUCAAUACCAAAACCGAGCUUAUAAACACAUCGAACAUCAAAAAAUUGAAUCGUGUUGGCAAGUUCUCGAGAGGUGUAUGAUUCAGGAUAUUGCAGUUGGUUUCAGCAUGGUAUUGUCAAGAAAUGUUGAACAUAAGAAAUAUGAACAAAAUUCUGUUGAUUUGAUAGCACAAGCUAUUGGACUCAAAGAUAUCGCUACUAUUGACAUGAAUAAGACAUUACACAAUAUUGGAGUGGACUCGCUCAUGCUGGCAGAAAUAAAACAACUCAUAUAUCAAGAAUAUCAGCAAGAAAUGGAUUUGGACGAAAUUAGGAACUUGACUUUUGGCAGAUUAGUUGAAAUGAGCAAAGUGAAAAAAUAAUAUAUGGCUUAUAAAGAAUAGUAAUACCUUUUAAAAUAAAUUUAAAGAAAAAAACCUUUAAAAACAAGCUUUUGUUAUUUGUUAAGAAAAUUAAGUAAAAAGUUAACAAACGAGCCCAAACUCGAUGUGGAUGCAUCGUUCAAUCACAGAGUUCCUAUGGGCAUCUUCCAGCUCCAUCAUCAGAUCAGUUCUAAGUCUUCUUAGCAAUGCAAUACAUUGUUACCUGAUUUAUAUAUGCAUGAAAAAUAUCAGCUCUAUCGGAAACCGGGAUCAAAUUAAACUUGCAAGAUUUGAUUACAGACAACGGGAUAGGUGAAAGUGAAUAAAAGCUACAAAAAACCAAAGUCCUCACUUAAAUGAUCUAUUCUGAAUGGAUUUGUCGAAAAUACUUCAGAUUUGUAAAUGUAAUACACUUAAAUUGAAUUUUAUUAUCUACUUUUAGUAAGUAUGGUUUGUUGUUAGUUCAUUGAAACUAAGAAAACUAAACUUUUUAUUUUAAUAAAACAUUACUUAGGACUAUGAACACAUUAGCAUAGUGAUCAAAAUUUAGUUUUAGUGAAAUAGCCUAGUCAAUAAAAAUUUUUGCCAAACUUUA